GGAAGUGCUUGAAUCAGUCCUAUUGUAAGGACGCGACAGAUGAAUUUGGUUUGGUUUAUCUGGAUUGUUGAUGAUGAUGAUGACGAAGAUGGUGUAUACCGUUUUGUUGUAAAACAGCUGGAAGAGGAAGUGGACGUUUAUCCCCGUCACCGGAUAUGUGUCAGUUCAGCAAGUGGAUGUCUACCUUUGUCCUCCAUCGACGAGUGGCAAGACAGUGCCACCUCCUCUCAGGCUUAAAUAAAGAAUUCCUACAGAUCCAACACCUGCACAAGGCCUAUGGCAAACCAAAGGCUGAAGCCAACAAGCGAGAGGGAGAGGAAGUGGUGUUACAGAGCCCGGAUGUUGUCCCAGUCCCAGAGAGCUAUAGACUCCACUAUAAUCCCUCCUCAUAUUAUACCACCUGGAGUAUGCUUAUGUCAACAGCAUGUGUAAGCAAAAGAGAAAGUGAAGAGGAUGAGCAUUAUCUAAUCAGACCUACAUGUUCGUUUAGGCAGAAGAGAAACCACUACAGUGUGAGUUCUUCACGGCGUCUUUCCAGCACCAAAACUACACUGCUUGAGCUAGCUUUGAAUAAAGGCUCAGUGGCUAAGGCACAAUCAAAAUACUGCAGAGAUUAUCCACCAACUGAUAUUAAAGUGUCCUCACGCGCCUUUCAAAAGUGUCGCCCAGAAUAUGCCUCUAUGUCCUUAGAUCUUACCCAGAAGCCUUCUCCUGUUGAAGCUAAACAAGCCCUCCUGCUACUACACAAAGUGACUGUUCUGAAGUGUAGCAUGACAACAUCGGAUUUGGCUAAAUUCUUCACAGAGCUCAGCCAUCUUUAUGACAGCAGUACAGUAGUGAAGAGUGACACACGCUUCAUCAUGCUUCUCCGAUACUCAGUGGAAAACCUGCAUCACUUUACCCACUCUGAGUUGCUGGAGGUGUUGAAGUCUUUUGUGUGGCUAGACCUUCCCUCCACUCAUAGUGUUCUUGGGUUAUAUGAGGCUGAGCUGAGAUGCAGAGCCAGCCAGAUGAGUUUCCAUCAGCUGCUAUUAGCUGCAGACCUCUGGCGCUGCCUGAGGAGGCAGGUUCCUCGUUUUCUAGAGCAUCUCUAUGAUUCUGUCAAGUUGGAUGUAGAACAGAUAAGUGUCCCCGAGAUGGUUCAAUUAUUGUACAUCAUUGGAGAGAGUAGGCACUGCCCAUCAAAGUUAGUUCAUCCCAUAGAGCAGAUACUUCUACAUAAUCUGGACAGACUUCAGCCUGAGGAGGUUGGUGCCGUAUGCUUAGCGUUAUUCAAAUCCCAGACGUCACUUUCUGAGAGUACAGUAAAAUACUUAGUGGAUAAAGCCUACUCUCUUGCUGAGGAGGUGAGUGACUUUGCUAUGGUGAACGUGCUGAAACUGCUGCGUUUUAGUUACUUAGAUCAUAGGGGAUGGCUGCAGGUCAUGGUACAGGAGGUGCCUCGACGGGCCCCUAGAAUGGAUGUCCAGGGGCUGAUGCAUGUGGCACUGGCCUGCUCUGCAUUGCAUUAUCGCAAUGACUGCAUUCUUCUUGCUAUAGCAGAAAGAAUUCCAUCUUUGGCACCCAGCUGCAGAAGUAAAGACUCCUCCAAGCUCCUGUGGGCCUUUGGCACAUUGGGUGUCCUGCCUAGCCAGUGCACAGACUUCUAUCCCAGCCUUACUGAGGCCCUGAGACAGAGGAAAUCAGAGUUCCAGCGCUACCCUGAACAUCUUUUAUCAGGCCUUCUAGGGCUGGCCUUUGUCUCCCAGUUUCCGGAGGAUCUGCUAGCAUUUGCUUUGAGUCCUGAAUUUGUCAACUUAUCAAUCAGAAACUCACAGCUGGAGUUAAAAAAAGACUUGUUCACCUUAGAUGAGACUGUAGCUCUGGAGCUGCCUCACUUUACUGGCCCACGGUUAAGUUCUGAACUGUGUGAUGAGGUGACAAAACUGCUGUGGAAUUAUGCCCAAUCAGAUGUAUGCCAGAAACCGGAGGUUUUGCAAGCAGAAUGUUCACUGCAGGAACUACUGGGAGGAGAGGAAUUUGUAGUAAAACGAAUGAUUCUUCCACACACCCGGUCUAUUGACUUGGAGGUGCAUCUUGAUUCCAGUGGAGAGCCAAUACCUGUGAAAAAACCCAUUCAAGAUGCAUCCUCUUCAGGAAAGAAGCCUUAUACCAGUCGCCUUAAUGGAGGCUGGGAAAGAGUAAACUUAGAGGUAGCACUCACUGAGGAGCUCCUUGCACAGUUAACAAAUUCCAAAGGAACUAUGGACCAUUUUACCCCACCUUCUGCAUAUCAUUCAUCACUUCUUCACAGAAAAGAUCUUGAUAAAGCAUCAAGGCUACUGGGUGCAGAGUUGGACCCGACUAAUGGCUUUUCAAAAGUGUAUAAGCAACCCAGCACCCAUAGGAUCUUGCACAAAGCCACAGUUAAGUUAGCUAUCCAGGUUUCUAAUAGGAACCAUUACUGUUACCAAUCUCAGCAGCUGCUUGGCCUUCAUGCCAUGAAGAGGAGGCAGCUCAAGGUGGCUGGCUACAGGGUAUUGGAGUUGCCUCCCUGGGAGUGGUUUCCACUGUUGAGGAAGAGCCGUGCUGAGAAACUAGCAUAUCUGCACUGUAAGAUUUAUAGCAGUCUUAAUUCAGCUUAAGUCUGUCCCUCAAGAGAGAUCACUGUAAAUAUCUGCUUUCCCCCGUCAUAAAAAUUUAAUUGCAAA